AUGGAGCUAAAAGGGCACGAUCACUCUGUAGGACACUAUAGAGGCUAUCCUGGUUUGGAUUGCGGUGCUUGCGAUCGGUCGGAUGAUCCCAUUGGCUUAGGAUGCUAUGAAUGCGACUUUACUAUUCACACGAAAUGUGCUUUUGUGUUCAACAUACAAGACACAUUAUCCGAGCACCCUGCUCAUGAUGGACAUGAUGUUAAGCUUCUCACAACGGGGGCUCCUGAUCACACCGACCCGAAAUGCCAUAUCUGUGGUAAAAACACUAAGCUCCUCCUUUUUCAUUGUUCUACAUGUAAUAUUAAUAUGGACAUCGACUGCAUGGUUGAUGCCAUGUGUUCCCGAGCCAAUCUGAUACAUCAAAUGCCGUGGCACUAUCAUCCUCUACUCAUGCUUGAUGUUGGUAAACAAAUGCUCUGUGAACUUUGUGGUAAGCCCGGCGAAUAUGGCUUCUGUUGCCCUCGUUGUAGGUUGAUGGUUCAUGAGAAAUGCGCCUCCCUAUUUGAGUCACCAGAGAUCACUCAUCUUUUACAUACCAAGCACUCUCUUAAGCUGCUCACCCAAGGACCUCCCGACUACACAAAUCCAAUAUGUCAUGUGUGUGGAAAACAUCCUGGAAACUUUCUUUACCAUUGUGAUAUUUGUAAGUUCAACGUGGAUAUGGUUUGUGCUAUUGAAUCCCACCAGCAGCAUAGAUUGACACCGGUUGCUCUUUCAAAGAUGAAGGUCCACGACGAGCAUACACUCACGCUCAUCCCAAGAUUGAUCUCCUUCAUUUGCGAUGCUUGUGGGAAGAAAGGCGACCGUUCUCCUUAUGUUUGUCUUCAAUGUGAGCUCAUGUUCUUCCAUCAGAGGUGUGCUCGUUUGCCACGUGUUAUUCAGGUCAAUCGCCAUGAUCACCGAGUUUCUUACACGUAUCCUCUUGGUCCUGGAGAAUGGAAGUGUGAGGUUUGUUUGGACGAGAUUGAUUGGUCAUAUGGGGCUUAUUCUUGUUCCAUCUGUCCUAGUUAUGCUCUUCAUUCAAGAUGUGCAACACGGAAAGAUGUGUGGGACGGGAAAGAGCUUGAUGGAGUACCAGAAGAAGUUGAAGACUAUUCGCCAUUCAAGAUGAAUGACGACAACACAAUCACUCAUUUCGCUCAUGAGCAUAACCUGAGCCUCAACGAAGAUGGUAUGGCUUCGGAGGAAAGCAUCUUGUGUGAGGCAUGUGUUCGUCCCAUCGGUUCUAACGCAUUCUACAAUUGUUCGGAAUGCGGUUUCCUUCUCCAUGAAACGUGUGCUAAUCUUCCUAAGAAGAAACGACAUUUUCUGAGCCCAAGACCCCUCACUCUUUGCCACAACAGAGAUGACACCGAUGCAUCAUGCGGAGCUUGUGUUCAGAUGUGCUGCGAAGGAUUCAUGUAUAUGGAUGGAGAUGAGGACCAGUUUGACUUACUAUGCACUUCGAUCACUGUCCCAUUUAUCCAUGAAAGUCAUCCUCAUCCUUUACUCUACCUCAUAGAAGGUCCUGACGAUGACAAUGACAUGAAGACAUGCCAAAGUUGCGACGGUCCUGUAUAUCAAGGCUUUCUUGGCUGUAUCAAAUGCAAAUAUUAUUUGGAUUUCCGUUGUGCAACUCUGCCAUUAACUGUAAGCCUUCACGGGUAUUACGAGCAUCCGCUUACUCUUUGUUACGGUGAAAAGGCAAGUGGCAAGUACAAGUACAAGUACUGGUGUGAUAUCUGCGAAGGAGAAACAGAUCCAAAGACUUGGUUCUACACCUCUGCUUGCGGAGCCACUCUGCAUGUUUACUGUUUACUUGGGCAUGUCAGGUAUCCCAAACCAGGAGGGAAGAGCAGAGACGGCCUCGAGUUGGUGUUUAACAACAAAGCUACACGACCACUUUGCAACAACUGUCAUUUUCGUUGCCCAGCUCCUUUCUUCAUUGUUAUAGAGAAAGAAUUGUAUUGUUCUUAUUAUUGUUUCCUACGUACCCAAAUGAAGGCUUCCUCGAUUGGUGGCGCGGCUAUACGUCCUCCAUGGGUAGAUAGUGCCGAUAUGCACUGGUAA